AUGGUUCUUCUCAGUUGUCGUGCCACAGCCACACGAAGGUGGUUUUUUCGAACGGCGGCUGUCUGGGCCUUCACGGGCUCGAUGUUUUCACUUUAUGGAUUCAUUUCUCUAGAAAUCUACACUUAUAUUACGCUAAACAGAGCCAACUUCAUCACGUUACUCGAUGAGCACCUACCGAUCUUUAACCGAAAAGCGUUGGGAGUUACCGUAAUGGGUUGUGUGGUAUUAUUUAUUCAAACGAUGAGUAUAAACGUUAUGAGAGGGCAGGAAGUGGUGCGACUACGAGCGACAUUAAAGACGUCUACUGAAAAAAUUCUCACAAUGUCAUUAGCUGUUGUUAUUCUGCUAUUUGCCGGCGUGCUAUGUAUUGUAUACUCUAACGGCUUGAAACCUGCAAUAGCUAUAGGUUUAUUGAAGACCGUAGCUGACUAUGAUGAAAAGCAGGAAGCUCGAGCUUUUGUUGAUAAAAUCCAGGUAGUUUUUAUCGAGGAUGAUCAUCGAGUAUCCAACAAUUACAAAGUUGUUGUAGAGGGGCCAAAUAGAAUCGGGUCAAAACGACGUGAAGCACAGUGCAAUUGCGUAAGCAGCUGCGCUCGAAGCGUAGCGGUUAGGAUCGAAAUGGGACCUUCGCUGACACCGUCCGUCAGUACAGUUCGCGAUGGUCCCACCUCGAUUCCAACCGCUAUCUCCACUGCACCCCCCGAAGACUACGAAGAUCUAUCAAGCGUGGAUCUAUACGGGAUGAAAAAUCAGUUGCCACGGGAAAAAACCUUGCGUGACUGUCCGCAUGAAGAUACAGCAUGUCUGUAUCCGCUUUCAUGUUGCUUUUCUGUGGAGUGCACGGAAUAUCGAUUGGCUGAAUUGAACAUCGAAGGGGAUCGAUUUCACGAUAGAUGGUAUAAAAGAAAAGGAUGUGUCUCCGCUCUUUUUUCUGCGUAUUCUGGAUUAUUGGAGCCGAAACUCCCCAUAUUUGUCGUAUUUCUAGCUCUUGGUUUGGAGAUAAUUGGUCUGAUUUUCGCACAGUUGACCCUCACUGGCUAUUUGACAUUAGCUGAAAGCGGUCUGAGUGAUGCCGAUGAGUCAAUAGCAUGGUUAUUGCCGUUCUCCUAUCCUGGCCCGGAAGAUCUCGUUCAGCAUCUUAGUGACUGGGCCGCUCAAAUAUACAUUGAUAAAGAUGAAGUAGAGCAGAAGGAAGCAGGAGUCGAUCAGAAAGAAUCUGACAAAGUCCCCGGUUCAAAGCCAAGAACUCCGGUCCAGAGAGCCGCAGGAAGCGGAGGCGAAUCGCGAAAAAAGAAGCAACUACGAAAAAAAUGA